AUGUCGCCAGGGCCUAGUAGCCCGUGGAGGCGCGCGGGUGGUAGCGGUGGCAGUAGCGGCGGCUCUCGUUUGCAGAACAUUCUUCUCGUUAUAAUCCUCUUCCUGUGUUCCAACUUCGCCGGUCACUAUUACCCGUUCCUCUGGUCCCCCGCCGCGCGCGCUUCCGCCGUCCAAUCCCUGCUCGCCACGCGGCAGCACCUGCCGGAUAUCCGGACGGGGCGAGGGGAGCGGGGGGGCGUGGGGGACGAGAGGAACAGCGGCGGAAGCAUGAUUCUGAGCGAGGAAGGCCGGAGGAGCAUCAUGGCGCUAGCAGCGGCGGACGGGCUGCGGGAAGGGGAGAUCAGCGCGCAGCGGUUGGGCGGGGGGUUGGGCGGAACGAACGGCGCGGGGGGAGGGGUUCCGCGGCGGCCGUGGCAGUCGCGGUUCGUGCAGGACGUGCGGAUAGACGUGGGCGGCGAGGCGAUGUGUGCUGACAUUGUGCCGGAUGAGUUUAGAGAAUCCACAGACCGCAUGCCUCCAGUCACCUCCCUGCUCGACCUGCUCCGCCCCAACGAGCGCUUUCUCGCCUUCCUCCCGCGCCACGGCCUUGGGAACUCCCUGCGCGGGUUCGUCUCUGCGUUCGUCUACGCCAGCCUGGCGGGGCGGCGGCUGGUGCGCCUGCACGCGGGGGAGCACGCGCGGGUGUAUGACCUGCUCUGUCAGGCGUAUGGGUGUAGCUCUGAUGCGGUUGGGCAGCCGGGAGGGGUGGAUCGCGGUGGGGAGGAGGAUGGGAGUGGUGGGGAUGGUGGGGAUGGGGAGGGCGAGGAUGGGGAAGUGGGAGGUGGGGGAGAGAGGAGUGUGGGAGGAGGAGGGGGGGGGGAUGGAAGGGAUGGGGGAGAGGCAGGGGCAAGAGAGGGAGGAGGAGGAGUCUGGGAGGGGAGGGGGGCGCGGAGGGGGUUGAAGGGGGAUGGGGGGGCGGAAGGAGCGGUGGAGGUAGUGAAGAGUGCGAGUGAGGGGCGCAGUGGCACGGGGGUUGAAUUGUUGCGGAAAUUUGCCAUGCUGCGACCCAUCUACUUCCUGGAGAGAUACCAGAACGUUCAAACCAUAGCAGCGUCACUGCAGUCAGACUACCCGGUGCUCGCCACGCGCAGCGGCACCCUCUUUGACCUCUUCUGGCACCGCAGCGAUCGCCUGCGCUCCUGCGUCUUUGCCGCCUUCCACUGCUCGUCCGUGUGGCGGCAUCCUCAGCACCCUCCGUUCCAUGCGAGACGACCUCCCCGGCAGCAGUAG